UCACGAGAUAGGUUCCUAUCUGUGAAUUACGCUUUGUGCUUCAUUUGUCAAUAAUCGAGGAUAAAGUUAAAUGCCGGAUUAAUUCCUUCGGCAUAAUCUAAGCGAGUUCGAAAAGGAAAAGAGAAAUCCUGAAGCGAUGUGGCGUGCCCCGAAGUUGGCUCUCCGGGCCGAAGUCUUCUUUGUUCAAAUGAAAGUAUUAAUACCGAAGGUUGAAUCGGUUUAACCGCGGAAUACCUUCUUUGAGUACUUUUUAAGUACUUUUCCCUGAAAUUAUACGUCUUCUUCAGGGGUGAAUUUCCCCCCCGAUAUUUCGUUUUUUUUUCAAAAAUGGCAUCACAGAGUCAAAAUGCUAUGAAUGUAAGUUCGAGUGUUUCACCGGCGAAUGGAUCAUCCGGAUCGUCGACGACCAUCUCGGUCUGCACUACGAAGAUGCAGUCUCUUACUUCUACACCAUCCUCACAAUCCUAUCAACAACACUCGUCUCCAUCGUCGUCACCAUCGCCGUCGCCGUCACCGAUGCAGCAACAGCAUCAACAGACUCUACAACAACCUAACAAUAUAGAGGCAAUUGAUAAGAACUCCUCCAAUACAUUAAAACGUAAUCCAAAAAUGGAAUUAAGCAAAACUGAUUUAUUAAAACUAUUAGGGCAUCUUGAAGGAGAAUUGCAGGCAAGAGAUAUUGUAAUAGCAGUAUUAAAGUCAGAAAAAUUGAAACAUCUAUUAAAUACUCGAUAUCUGAGUGGGACAUCAGAUCCACAUGCUGCACUUGCACGUGAUAUUGUAUUAGUAGGUAGUGUCAGUGAACAUGAACCAAAUCAAAUAAAUAAACAAGUUGCUACUUUAGAAGCACUUGUGACACAACAAAGAUGUAUGCAGUUUAAAAUGGCCAAAGUUCUUAAAGAAGCAGAGCUUAGGCACAGAGCAGUUAUCAAGGAAUUAGAAGAAGAAAAACGAAAACAUGAACAUGAUACUGCCCAGGGUGACGAUAUUACAUAUGGCUUGGAAAAAGAAAGGACACGAUUGAAAAAAGAAUUAGAAUUAGAGAAACAAGAAAAAAAAAGACUGGAAUUAGAAUUAAAGAAAGCAAAUGAAACUUUAGAGGAAGAAAAAACUCGACAGAAGCAAAUAGUACUUCUUCUACUUGCUGAACGCAAAAAGAUAAUUAUGAAGUAUAUAGAAGAAAGGAAAAGAUCAGAAGAUUUGGCACAGAUAUUAAGCGAAGAAAAAGUUCGGAUAGAUUCUAUGGCUGAAGGACUCGAAGAGGAAAGUAAAAAGUCGUUACAAAUGGAAGCAGAAUUGGAGAAACAACUUGCGCAAUUUGACAUGGAAAGACAGCAAUAUAAACAAGCCUUAGCAAAAGAAGAAAAGAGGGCUAAAGAUCUCGAAUUAGAAUUAGAUAAACUUAGAACUGAAAUGGAUGUAUGGAAAGAGUCUCAAACACGAGGUUCUCCAAGAGGUGUGGGUGCAACUCCACCACCACCCCCAGCCAAACCAGUUAAUUUAGUUGUUAUGCCUACAGUUAAACCUGCUAGUGCACCACAAACAAUUAAAGGUACAGUGCUGGGUACUGGGACUCCAAUGGUUAGUAGUAAAGUUGUUCAGCCCACUGCCACGGUAUCUAGUGUUCCUGUCAGCGGUCCAACUACUGGGAUUGCUAGGUCAGUAACUCCUGGGCAGGCAUUACGCGGCGUCACUUACACGUCCAACAUUACAUCUUCUACUGGAGAAACUGCGGCGUCUUCUGAAAGUCAGGCUGUAGACAAACGUGUGGUUGUACCUGCUCCUGUAAAUCCUGGAGGCACGGUAAAACUUAUACCGUCGACACAAGCUACAGGAAAGCUUGGUUUUCAUGUUGGCUCUGGUUCGGCGAUUCAAGCAUCCGGUAUGCUGCCCUCGAAAAAGCCACCAGUAUCUCGCGGUGUUCCUCCUCCAGUGCCGCCAAAUAAGCCGGUAGUACCACCUAAAAAGGAGGCUGCUUAUAUUAGAAGGACUGAGUCUCAAGCAACACAGGACGCCGUAAAACUUGGUAAACAAGCUGCGGCGCAUCCUACUAGUGGACCUACCGUUCCGCAAGUCCAACAGGCAAUAGGAGCUUUUACUCAAGCCUCCGAUGAAGAGGUUAGUAAUAAAGCUCCUCUGCCUUUCUCAUCCGAUUAAUACGGAUGAACAACUUCAACUUCAUUUCAAGUGCCAGCAUCUUAAAUGUUUCUAUGUUCUUAUCUCCUGAUAUAUUCUUUCCUCUUUGUCAAUGACUUUAGAAGUCUCAUCGGGUGCUCAAGAAAGCUACUUAUUUGCACAAGUUGCAAACACGUUGCUAUAUUUUCUAUUUAGGAGGAACUUUAUAAAUAAUUAUGAUUGAAUGAAGCUACUGAAUAAAAGGCCAUUAUUUCUCUUAUUAUACUUUCAUAUCAUUACGAUAUUUACGAUAUUUUACAUUUUAUUAAAAUUUUACAUAUCCUGCAGAAGUUCAAUUAUUCUAUAACAUUCUAUAGCUUCUCAUGUUAAUUAAAUACUUAUAAAAUUAUUAAAUUAUUUUUCCCUUAUCCCGAAUCAUUUUCAUUGCAUAAUUUUUUAACGAGCACGUCCUAUUCUUCCUGUUUUCUUAUGUUACGUUAAUUGGUUCUUAAAUAAAAGUUAUUAAAUGUUGCCUGUAAAUUAUGGGAGGCUUUUGGUAACGAGAAUGUUCUUUUGAAACUUGCUGCACGAUUAACUUCCUUGAGUAUCCGAUGAAUCGAUAUUGUUCUUCUAUAUGAUCCUUUUUAUACGUGAACGCAAUUCAGAACUCGUGAAUAUGAUUUCAGACAAAGCCACGUUGAUUUAACGGCGGGUACAAAAAAAAGUAAGCAUUAUUAACGUUUAAGAAAGUCUGAAAGCCGUGUUACACGAAUAAAACUUGGGGUAGUAUGUUUGGAACUACGCAACGCGGGAUUCCAUUAAGCAACGUUUCUGAAUCAACGAAAAGAAACGUUAGUGCUCGAACUACUUGUUCAUCGAUUGAUUAUACAUCGCGUACCAUAAGAUAUCAUUACUUAUAUUGUUAGAUCUCGACAUUGGACGGAUCUAUGGAUCCAUAGCGAUACAUCACCACAACCAACCAAGAAUCAUGCUUGUAACAUUGUACUAUAGUCGAAAUGAAUCAAUCGAAGAAACGGGAUUAUUUGAACUAUUUAAGGUAGACUCUGUAGAUUCUGUAGUUUAUUAUCCGCGAUCUUUCCGAAUUACACUAAAAGUCAUUAGAUAAAAUUAGUAUCGUUGUAACGUGCUAUUCGUAAGAAAGAACGAUACUGUUAUUAACAGUGGACGUGAAUAAUAAAUGUUUAUGCAACAGGGAGCUAGACCAUGUAAUAUGUUAAUAAAAGAAAUACUUUUAGGUAGGGAAAGAUAUGGAAGGGUUAUUUCACGUUAAAUCAUCCAAUUGCCAAAUUUCCAUCGAAGAUAUCCUUUAUUUUUUUUUUUAAACACGAUUACUUCAUUGGAUAAAAAUGAUUAUACACUGAGAAUAUGAACUUGCCUUUUGCAGGAACAAGGAAGAUUUUAACGAUAUUUUAUUGAUAUUUACCAUGAUUUUCAUAAUUUUUAAAAUACAGUUUAAGCAACUUUUAAUAAAUAUAUACAAGAAUAUUGUUAAAAAUUUCUUGAAACAAUUGAUCGACUUGACGUGAGAUGACUCAACAGUAUAUGCUAUAAUCACUGCCUUGCCUGACGUAAUUGCGUGCAUCGUCAAUAUACCGAUGAUGUUACGCCUUGGACGAAAGCAUUUUGAACGAAUUUAUUCGAGACAAGCAGCUAAAACAGGAAUAAGUCUGGAAGUGGUUCUUAUCGUGAACUUGUUGAUUUGCUCCGGGACAGGUAUUUGAGGAGUUACGAAGGGAAAUCAACUGAACCGUUAUCGUUUUGACAAUACCUAUAUGCAAAGUAGUAUUAUUCGAAGUCCACGCGACCAUCAUAUCCAUGUUGAGAUUUCUUCAGAUAUCACGACUGUCGAUAAUUGAUCGCAAAUCAAAGAAACACAGGAGGCAAUUUAUUUUCUAUGUGUUUCUAUGAACGUGAUCGUUUGAUUUGAGAGAAAAUUUCCAAUGAUUCAGGCCAGUCGCGCAAUCAUGAAUGUUAAACAAUAGUAAUAUCAAUGAUCUUAUUGAUCCACAGUGUUCCGUAAGAUGUAUCUUAUCAGGUGGAACGAGCGAUUUCUGAAUCAAAAAUAAAAGCAGAAAUAUUCUCAGUAUCUUCGUAUGACGCUUGUUUAUUAAUUUUUCUAUUUAUUAAACGCGUAAAUGAAAUAAAUUCGAAUGUCUCUAUUACGCGCAUAUACGCGUCGUUCGUCGUAAAUCUUUUAAAAAGAUUCCAAGCGUACGUACGAGGCUAUUAAGAAUAAUUUUCGGCUGUAAAAAUCCUUUACCUGCCGAGCUCGGUACAUCUUACGAAAUCUCUGUACAAAUUUCGUUCCCACAAUACAGAGUUUAUAACAAGGACAUGAAUAAAAUUAUUCGUUUGUACACAGUUUCUCUUGUAUAAAUUAUAAAUGGAUGGAAUUACGUUCUCAUAAACGUAUGAAAGAUGUACACGUAUAAACACGCAUACACUGUUACAUAUUCACUUACACACUCGUUCACUCACACACUCCUGUCGACAGAUACAGGCGCACACAUACAUACAUAGAAGAAAAAAAAAACGAUGUAUCGGAGUUAUUUAAAGAUGUAUCUCACUUUCCUUUCGUUAUACUUUACAUGCGACCGUGAUUUCAUAAAACGUGUGAAAAUAUUCAGUGCGCGCGCGCGUCGAUUGUCUUUAGUGUGCGAGUUCUUUUUUUUUUCUUUUUAAAGAACACAGAUAUUUGUCCGGUGCUAGCUACAAUAUUUCAUUUUUUUCUCUUUCUCUUUUUUCUUUUUUCUUUUUGAGAAUGUUCCAGUCAAAUGCAUAAAUAUUAUGCUGCAUUUCGUAAGGAACACGCGCAAUCUCCCUAGUUUCUUCAUACUUUGGGAAUACCUAACAACGAUUUAUUCAAGAUGAAAGAUUCGUGCAAAGAGAAGGACAAAAAAAAAAAAAAAGAAGAUGUUCGUCAAGCAGAAUGAAUAUUAAAGAAGCGAAAGAAACCUCUUUUAACUUCACCCGCUCGAGUUCUGUUUAAUUCGCUAAGGGAAGGAUGCGAGAAAUGUAAAAUAUUUGUUCGUUUAUACAUUUAGAAAUUCAUUGCCUGUAGCUGUUGUUUCUUUCCGAUGUCACUUGAGAAGUUUCCAUCUGUUGCGUAAUCGUACCGUCGUGCAUCCUAUUCACUUUCUUCGGAGUUAACGAAAAGUCUGUUUAACGAGAGAUGUAAUCUCGAUCGAAGUUUCUCGAUUUCACGGGAAAAAUUUCUAGAGGAUCUCGAUAAAAACACAGCGAUAUAAGCAGCUAUACGGGUAACAAAAGGGGGAGAAAGAAGAAAACUUGGGUAAUCGGCGAUACGUUGAAAUCUCGCGGGACGGUGUGAUUAAAAAAAACACAGAAAAUGAGAAACCGGAGGGUAAUUAAAACGGGCUACAUUAAAACAGGUAUAAAUUCUUGGAGAUGAAGUAGAGGAUUUUUUUUGAGGAUAAGAGAAGGUCGAGACGCGAAGGAAAACGCUUUAGAGCGGCGCGUUGCGACACGAGUCGUAAUAAAGAGCGAAGCGAGAGAAGAGCGAGAGUGAAGCGUAAAAAAGAGGAGAGCGAAUUAAAAAGGGGGAAGACGAUGAUUACGCGAAGAUGUAGGAGCAACUCAACAGAAGCUACACAGCCAUACACGUUAUACGUAUACGCUUGAUGCGAUACCAUACAUCUACAAGUACUACAUAUCUACUUACACGCAAACGUGAGAGUUAGAAUCUGUGCAAGGUGUAAAUGUAUCUGAGGAACGAAGAAAAGAGAAAGCAUUACAGAUAACAUCGGGUCACAUAGGAAGAAGAUGACCAAGGAGCGCGCGAGGGUUACAGGAAAUGCGAGCAGAAGGAGAUAGACAGAGGAAGCCGGAGGAGGACCUAGAGAGAAGGUGAGAGUGGGUGUGAGGUUGUUCUCUUCUGGUAAGGAUGGUAAAAGGUAAGCAGCGCGUAUAGCGCGUGCGCUCGCCGGCUAGGUUGUCCGAUACACCUAGUACACGCACACGUACACAUACUGACACAUAUAUACGUAUGGGGUCGUCUAUGCAAGGGAGUUAGGAGACGAAGAGAGCGCGAGAGGUUAACAUCAGAGGGAGGAUCGCAAACUCGAACGAGGAAGCGAGGAAGCGAGAAAGCGAGGAAGUGAGCGGGGCGAGCGUAAGCGAGAUGGGAUAACAGCUGGAAACGUGAAUGGAAAGAGUGGAAUAGAGAUAGCGAGCCGUGACAGUCGAUGGACAAAGAAGCGAGGAUUCGCGAGAUCCUUGCGCGGUAUGAGGUUUGCAUGCCUAGCGGACGGCUCCUCAGUAUCGUCCUACGUUUCGUUCGCGACGCGCACCCUUCAACUUGGUCCUGGUCCGCGCGUCAUCCAACUUGUUUGAUGUACACCGAUUGCUCUGGAGUACCGGUGGUACUAUUGUUGCUCGUACGACUCUGUUCUUCGUUGUUGGCGGGAUAUCGCCGUAUUUUUUAUUUUCUAUUUUUCGUAUUUCGAUCAGUGAUACGAUUCUAAAAGCGGGAGCGAAAGUAUCAAACGUUUUGCCCCGUGUCACCGGGUGAUGUGUGCCGUUUAUCGUAUCCUCGAGCCGUUUCCGUAGGAAUACGAGCAAAGUGAUUCGCAAGGGUGACAGAAGAGAGAGAUAUUGGAUGUUACGCACGUACGUACGUAUGUAUAAUGUUGAUUGACGAUAAAUCGUUCGGCAUUGAUUCUAUUUGUUGUGAUUCGCCGCGCGUUGCAAUAAACGUGGGAGAUUGUGCUUUCACACUAUUUCUUGAGAAACCGUAGAAAACGUGCGAUGUUGAUGAAUGAGACUAGCGGUAUCUUUUUCUGUUUCGUCAUUUCUUAGAAAUGUUCUUUAGCUAUAUAUACGUAGGAUAAGGUAACUCGUUAAUGUUUUACGUAUUGUUUACGUUUACGCUUCUGAAUUAGGAGGUAAGAAGUGAUAUGAUUUAGAUGGUGAUAAUAAAUGAUAAGUACAAUCGUAGCAAACUAUUACUGAUCAUACCUGAUACAAAUAGAUUGUUCUGUAAUUUAUGUAUGUACAGCAGAUGUAUUUGUAUAGACAAUAUCGAGAUUGUUUUAUUGAAGUAUAGCGUCUACUCUGUAUCGAGUUUUUAUUCGUCGCAUCUAUGACUGGUUUAUCACCUCGUAGAAUAUUUUAACAUUGGUUACUGUUCUCAUCGAUCAUAUCUUUUAAUCGAUCCGCUCCAUAGACCCUUGUCCGAUUUAACUUUCAUUUUGCGAGAGCAGUAAAUGAAUAUUAUGUGUGUAUAUAUAUAUCAUGGAGAUGUUAUAUAUAUUAUAAGAAUCGUAAAAUUGACAAAAAUACGUAGCGGUGGGGAAAGUAGUGCGGUAUGUUCCUCGAUUGUGAAACGCACAAAAAAAUAACCCUUAUUUUUUGGAGUCCGAGAACGUAUAAUCGACACGAAGGAGGUUGAAUGCGUGAAAGGCGAUUAACAAAAAGAUGUACCGCUAAAAUUAUAAGAAUAUACGAUAUUGAUAGCAUAAAAAAAGAGAAA